CCCCCCACCUUCCCCCGUCACCGUCACCCCCUCUGCGGGUCAGAGGUGGAGCUGGGACAGGAUAAGAGCCAGGGCUUGGCAGGGAGAAGAACAAACCCCCAGCUUGUGGUCCCUGCACCCUGGGAGCACUGCCUGAACAUCGAGGAGACGAGGACCUGCUGCAAAUGGCACUCCUGGCCACGCAGCGAGGCAGGAUGCUGCUCUCCUUCCUGGUGGUGCUCGGGGCACCAACGAGAGCCUGGAGGGGACCGAGCCGUGAGUGGCUCCCGCCCGCCCCCCGAGCCAUGGAUGGAGGGAAGCUGAUGGGGCAGGAAACCGCCCGCGAAAACAAGAUGCUGCCAGGCGUCUCCAAAAUGAGAAGGGGGGACGAUGGCUCUGGGACAGGGUCUCAUCUGGACAAAGCCAGCCUGCCACUGCUAGAGGGAUCAGAAAGACAAGCACUGCCCUGGCUGAUGAGCCCAGCCACCGAGAGAGCUGCUCCCAGGAAAAAGGGGAGGAAGGUGUCCCUGUCACUCGAUGUUGACACUCACUUACUGAAAAUCCUGCUGGACCUGGCCAGAGAGAAGGAACUGCAGGCCAGGGCAGCUGCCAAUGCUGAGCUGAUGGCUCGCCUGGGGCGCAGGAGAUGAGCUGUCCUGGCUGGGAUACAGCAGGGCUGCAGAGGGCAGCGGGGCUGCCUGGGGCACAGGAGGAGGGAAGUGUGGAGGCAUCGGUGUGUCUGCAGGGGACUGCGGGCAUGGCACCUCAUCCCCCCGGGCCCAGUGCUCAUGGCACAGGCAGCAGCCAUGGGAGGGUUUGGUUUAAUAACUAUCACCUCAGCACCACUGGAGAACAGCUGGGUUUACCUUGGCCAGUGCUUGAGCACAGCUGGUCCCAGCCCCAGGCACUACAGGGAUUUCUGUGCUUGGCUUUGCUCCCUGCUCAUCCACCCCCAAGGUGUCUCCAAAGAGGCUGCAUCCAGCCAGGCAGCUUUUCUUGGGUGCUUCUUCUCUCUGGGUGACUGAAGCGCACAAAAUCCUCCACAAAGCUUGGCCAAGCCUCAAAGCUGGAGUUUUGAGUGAGCGUGCACAAU